AUGGAGAGCCCUUCUACAGUCAAACAGCCAGACCAAGAGGAUCCCAAGAAGGAGAGGACAGACGGAGAGCCGGGUGAGAACAAGGAAGAAGAAGAGAGACCACAGGUGAUGGACAAUGGAACACAAGAUGAACGCAAGCAGCGGUUUCCUAACCCUAACAUGGUGUCUGACUGUAAGCAGAUGGCCAGUGAAUCCAGUGUUUCCUACACGCUGGGGAAGGAGUUUUUCCUUAUCGCUGGUCAUGAAAUCUGCAUCAGAGAGUCUCUGGACUCCUAUGGCGCCCUUGUCUGGCCAGGGGCGGUGGCUCUGAGUCAGUUCCUGGAGAAUAACCGGCAGCAGGUGAAUUUCCUGGAUAAAGCGGUACUGGAGAUUGGAGCAGGGACAGGUUUACUAUCUAUUGUGGCCAGUCUUCUGGGUGCCUGGGUAACAGCCACCGACCUGCCCGAAAUCCUUCCCAACCUGACCUUUAACCUCUCUCGGAACUCCAAGGGCCGCUGCCGCUACACGCCCCAGGUAACUGCCCUCACCUGGGGUCACGACCUUGAGAAAGACUUCCCCAGCACUUCCUGUCACUAUGACUACGUGCUGGCAGCCGAUGUAGUGUAUCACCACAACUACCUGGAGGAGCUGCUGGCGACCAUGCACCACUUCUGCAAACCAGGAAGUGGCACCACGCUGAUGUGGGCCAAUAAGGUGAGGUUCCAGUCAGACCUGAAGUUCACAGAGAGAUUUAAGAGUUGUUUUGAUACAACACUGAUGACAGAGCUAAAGGAGGGAGACGUGAUGAUCUACAAGGCCACGGCACGAGAGUGA